AUGUCAGAUAAGAAAGAGGAGCCCACCACCCAUAGCCAAAGCAACAUAUUCGAUGAGUCCGUGUUUCAAAACCAGUCUUGUCGACAUGCACCCAAACUAGACAGGUCGAUUUCUCCUCAACAGGUUACAAAGGACAACUCGCCAGAGGCCGCUGUUCAAGGCCAUGUUGAAGAACGGCCACGAAUGUUGAAGUCUCCGUUGCAAGAUCCACCCCAGGUUACGACUCCACAGCUCGAUGUGCAAGACACGUCGCAGCACGAACUUGAACGGCCAAAACCGUUCACGAUACAAAAGGCCCCCGAGAGCUCCAACGAGUCGAUUGCACAACCAAAGAAAUCGACGUCACCGCCUCCGGCGACAACCUAUGACCACAUCGAAGAGCAUAUCGACCUACGGUUGGCCUCGCUGAACAACCCCACCAUUGUCAUGGAGUUGGACUUGGACGGAAACAUCCGCUACCUCUCCCAGAACUGGGAAUACAUUGUGGGGACAAGCAUCGCCAAAAUCGUAAAUGGGCCGAUAUCGAAGAUCAUCAUCGGCAACAGCGACGAAGAUUUCAAAGUGUUCAACCAGGCCAUCGACUCAAUGGUGGCGGACGACGCGAGCUACAAAGUCAGCUUUUUGACUGCGACAAACCACACCCGGUACGGUCCGCAAGGCGAUGAAGUGUUGGGAGAUAUCCAAGACGUUGUCGCGACCGAGAAUGGCAAGAACAAACCGGCCGAGGAUGUUGAGGAAGCCUUUUCCCCCGUCGAGGACUACAUCCCCACGCCCGAAAAAAUCGAGCCUAGAACAAGGGGCAGGCACCAAGACCAAGUCUCUAGCCCCGUGUCGUCGACCUUGUCCAACGACGGCGAGUUUAUCGAAUUGGAGGCCCAGGGCAUCCUUAUCCACGACGCCAAGACAAAAGUACCUACCCACUCGAUGUGGACCAUGCGCCCGCGUGUGCAGAUUGACUUGGACCUCACCAUGCCCAGCGCCUUGAUUGACUUGCUUGGCUUUGGCUCGGAAAUCUUUGAAGGAUACUUGAUGAAUUUGAAAAACACGGGCAUCACCGAGGAGGAAAACGUGCCCCAGCCAAUCACGGUGCUCUGCAGGAUAUGCGAGCGCUUCUUCCCCGCGUGGUUUAUCGAAAAGCAUUCCGAUUUGUGCAUCAUUGAACACCGACAAGACGAAAACCUUACUCAGUGCCAGGAUGCAAUCUUGGAGCAGCGCGACUUGAUUGCGAAAAUCAGCGAGAGCUUGGCUCUCCAGACGCUGUCUUUUCAGCUGCAACUGGCUCUGCAACUGCCUUUGCCCAGCUCUCCGCUGUCACAGCUGCCUGCACCGGGCCACGCCCUGUCGUCGUCAUCACCGCAUUCAUCUUUCUCUCCAAGCUCGUCGGACGAUGAAAACAGUUCCAGCAGCGGCGCCCCCAGCAUCAUCGCCGAGUACAAGGGGAUCCCGCUACCUCAGGUGUCAGAGACAUCUUCGCCUCGGUUGGCGAACAAGGUGUUGACCAAGAACUUCAAGGCGAGAAACAAGAGCUUGGUCUAUUCCAAGAAAUUCCCAUUUGGCACCUUGCAGAGACUAAGAGAGCUUUGUGAUGAUGCGCUCUCGAUCAACCCGCCUUCAAAUAGAAAGAAAUCCAACAAUGCAGACGGUGAAGAAGAAAAUGAAAAUGAUGAUGAUGGCUCGGAUAAAUCCCACUUGAUUGCAUUUUCGCCCAACUCGGAAAAGUACUUGAGCAUCGUGAUGAACCCUGCAAAUAUCGACUCGUCUGAUCUCGCAAUCAAGCAGUUGAUUGAAGAUACAAAGUCGUUUAUCAAUGACAAGUUGGAAACGUUGUCGAGGUUGGUGUCCGUGUUGCAGUAUCUGGAAAAGAUCAAGAAAGAAGUUGACGAGCUUGUGUUGGAAACAGUCCGCGAUACCGUGGAGAAGAUUCGAGACCAGACUGCCAUCAAGUUGUCUAGAAGCUGUACCCCUAUUGAUUUCCAAGAAAGAGUAGCGUCGCCACCUAUCCAGGGCACCACGGGCACCACGGGCAACGCGGGCAACGCGGGCAAUGCGGGCAAUGCGGGCCUCAUGGCGCCCAUGGGAGCACCGCUUCAGCAAAACUUGCGUUCUAGAUCGCCGUCGCUUUCCUUGCAGCAGCUUCAGACACCACCCCUCAUGGUUGCCCCCAAGCCGUCGCGAAGCAAAAGCCCCAUUGACUUUUUCUCCGAAACUGCGCUGGAAAGCGUCAUCACUCCGCAGGACCUAUUGCUAAAGGACACCAAGGAGUACAGCGCGUCGCCGUCGUUACUGUCCGGUCACAACAAGUCACGAGUGAGCUCGAAGGAAGGGCAUCCUUCGAGUAAAAACAACUCGCGCGAAAUGCUCGAAACCAUCCAAAAUCUUGAAGGGUUGAGGAGAUCCGCGGAACACAACACCAAUUUCUCCUCUCCCAAACGCCAAGUAUCACCGGCCUCGAUAGUUCCCGAAAAGUCCCACCUCACGUCGUUGCACAGAAACAACGCCGCCAAACCGUCGCCCAUGUCUUCACCCAUGGUUGAAUCCAUCACUUGCGGCACCGGCAGCUUGAGCGACAAGAGAAUCACCAAAUUGUCCUUGGACACGGGCAGCACCGGUGGCCCGCAUAGUCGCACGCAAUCGCAGACUUCGGCCACUUCGAGCCAAAAGAGCAGCAUUAACCGACCUCCGCUCUCGCCCUUGCUUGUCUCUACUCAACAGCCACCUCCAAAAACCUCGGGCAUCAAGGACUACGACGUGAUCAAACCAAUUAGUAAAGGUGCGUUUGGCUCGGUAUUUCUAGCCAAGCGGAAACUCACGGGAGACUAUGUCGCCAUCAAGUGUCUUCGGAAAAGAGAUAUGAUUGCCAAGAACCAAGUACUCAAUGUCAAAUCUGAACGCGCGGUAAUGAUGAGACAAUCGGAUUCGCCCUACGUGGCGCAGUUGUACAGCAGCUUCCAAUCAAAGGACUUUCUAUACUUGGUGAUGGAGUAUUUGAAUGGAGGAGACUGCGGCAACUUGAUAAAGACCUUGGGUGUGGUGGGGCUAGACUGGUCCCCGCGCUACAUAGCUGAGAUCAUUGUCGGCGUUCACGACUUGCAUAGCCGGGGCAUCAUCCAUCGAGAUUUGAAACCUGAUAAUAUCCUCAUUGAUCAACGAGGGCAUUUGAAGUUGACGGACUUUGGACUUUCGCGGCUCGGGGUGGUGGGAAGACAGGCGCAGCAUAGGAAAAGCUCGAUCAAUGAGCAGAGCAUUGAGUUAUUUAGAAGCAUGUUUGGCAGUGGAAGUGGAAGUGUUUCGGGUGGUGCUGGAGCAGGCGCAGGCGCAGGCGAUGAUCUGCCAGUGCCAACACACGUGCCGCAGAAAAGACACAGUUCUGGAACGCCCUUCACCUUGUCGCCUACGUUGGAACAUGUCAAAAUGAACCAGCAGCAUCAUCACCAUUCGGGCUCCAUGACGCCUACAAUGUCGCCGACCUUGUCUCAAUUGGAAAGCUUAAGUCAACCAACACCGAGCAACAAACAUAGAACGAGCAUGCGAUCAAACUCGGGCCUGGACUCGCCGUUGCUCCAACCGAUAAUCCCGAGAACUGCCUCGGAGUCGUCGUUUGCCAUUGCUGACGACGAAAGUUCGAGCAAUUCAGUGACAAACUAUGUCUUGUACGAUCCGAAAUUGGAGCAUGGCGGUGUGGGAAGCAAUAACGAGAUCAAGAAAUUCGUGGGCACCCCUGAUUAUCUUGCUCCAGAGACCAUUCAAGGUGUGGGGCAAAGUGAAGCUUCCGAUUGGUGGUCGAUUGGAUGCAUCUUGUUUGAGUUUCUUUACGGCUACCCUCCGUUCCAUGCCGACACGCCGCAACAAGUGUUUGACAACAUCUUGCUGGGAGAAAUCGAAUGGCCAGAGCUCCCUCCAGAGGAAGAUUUAAAGUUUUGUACUCCCGACGGCAAGGAUUUGAUCAAACGGUUAUUGACGUUGGACCCGGAAAAGAGGCUAGGGUCAAAAGGUGCCGAUGAGAUUAAAAACCAUGCAUUUUUCAAACAUUUGAAUUGGGAUACGCUUUUCGAAGAGCCAGCGCCAUUUGUCCCCAGUCUGGAUGAUCCCGAGCUGACCGAAUACUUUGACUUGCGUGGAGCUGCACUUGCGCAGUUCCCCAAAGAGGAUUCCUCAUCGGAUGAAGAUAAAGCCACCGACACAAACCAGAGCAGGAGAGAGUCCAUUAACUCGUUGCAACUUCCACCAAGCACCCACUCCUCGGGUUCAAAGAAAGAGCGACGAUCGAGCAAAUUGAGCGAGCCCAGCGGCGAGUUUGGCCUGUUCCAUUUCAGGAACCUCGCUGUGUUGGAGAAGCAAAACAAGGACGUGAUUAAUCGACUCAAGAGCGAACACUUGGAGCACAGGAAUAGUUUUUCGUCGUCGUCGCUGGAGGGCACCCCCAUUCUCCGCUCGAGAGGCUUUUCAUUCAACCUUGGGCCCAACAACAAUACUAAUAAUAGUAAUAAUCCCGGUAGUGCAUCAAUGAACUUGAGCCCUUUCAAGAGGCCCAUCUCGCCAUCGGCUGCAUUGGGAUCACCAGCAAACCCCAAUUACAGAUCAUCCUCACCGCAUAAAAACCUAGACCCUCAAACAACGAGUAGCACUAGUACUACCACCAGUACUACCACUACUACUCCCUUGGCUCCGCAUCCACCGAGACACGAACGAAUACCAUCUACAGUAAGCACCUAUUCGCUGGGCGACGAAAUCAACCAAGACUCGCCUAACGCGUCAACGCCAAUGUACCACCAACGCUCAGCUAGCUCCCCCUACAUCCAAACCCUAAGCAAGCCCGUGAGCUUCUCGUCUUCGCAUGGCUCCAACCCAGCCUCAUUCAAUUUCUCCUACUCCAACCCCAACACCGCCGGCAUCUCGAGCCUGUCGCACUUCCGCGACUUUUCCUCGCCCAACUCGUCCGACUCAGAAGAAGCCAACCGAUCGAGCGCGCUCCUUCGCGUGCAGCGCCGCCGCGAGAGCUCACGCAUGUCGGACCCCGCCAUCUCCUCGAUCCACCGCGAGAUCGACGUGCUCUACUGCGAGCCCAUCCCGCUAGUGCGCCACCAGAUCGUCAAGAUGUUGGAAAAAGCCAACUGCAUCAUUGUCUCCGUCUCGGAUGGGGAAGAGUUGAUCAAGCGCGCCACGAGCCAAGUCAAGUUCGACUUGAUUUUGACGGCGCUUCGAUUGGCAAAAGUCGACGCUGUUGACGCUGUCAAGUUGAUCAAGUAUACCACGGGCAAGAACUCGGAUACACCCGUGGUGGCGGUGACGGGCCACCCUGAGGAGGCGCGGCUGAUGCAGUGCUUUGACUAUGUGAUUGAGAAACCGGCCACGCUUGAGCUGAUCAAGUUGUGCGUGGACAAGUUCACCGAAGAUGUUAUCUUUGAUUGA